CACAACUGUACUGACUACACACUUGACACUACCGCUUCUCCUCCCACUCACAUCCAUAAUUAUAAACCCUCCUCCUAGCUCACUGCGGAGUCAGUAGCAUCUUCAUUUCAGCGAACAGAUGGCAGGCAGAUUGGGAAGAAGAGUAAUAAACUUCGCAAACCUCCCCAUAAAACUCCUGAUGCCUACAACAUACACAAAUAUCUCCGAAAUCGCACUAAAAACAAUCCCUUCAGCCUCCAAAAUCGAAAUCAAGCGUGUCCUUGAAUCGCUCUACGGCUUCGACGUCGAAAAGGUAAGCACUCUUAACAUGGAAGGAAAAAAGAAGAAACGCGGCGGAUUCCUCAUCGCCAAGCCUGACUAUAAAAAAGCAUACGUCACGCUUAAAACUCCCCUCUCGAUUUCGCCCCAUUUAUUUCCGAUUAGAGUUAUUGAGGAAGAGAGGGCGAAAAUGAGUAAGAAGGCACCGGAGAGUAGUUUUGUUGAGGAUAAUAAGAGUCACUGGCUUCAUGAGAAGAAGAAGGAGAGUGGUCGCGGCGGUAGCGGUAGCGGAUGGCGUGGUGGUCGCGGCGGUCGUGGUCGUGGUGAUGUGGCGGCCGAGAAGGCCAAGUUUCCUUGGAGCAGCAUGAGGAGCUCUACUGCUAAUUCUAGGUAGUGUAGAUUUUCGGGUUUUAUUUUAAUUGAGAAAUGAGAAAUGUUGGUUGAUUUUGGUAAAUUCUGGUUUACUAUGAUUAUUUGUGUUGGAUAUUAUCGGAUUUAAUUUGAUUGGUACUGCUGAGAUAUUAUAUAACAUGGGGAUAAUGGUGUUCUUACA